AUUACAAUGAAAUCAGGGAACAAAUGUCUUUAUUAUUGCAAACAAUUUUUUAAUCUCCUAUUAGGAGUGAGUGGCCUCAUUAUGAUAGCUAUAGCAAUUUACAUUUGGGUCGUAGCUAAAAUAUUCUCAGUUAUAGUUAUGAGCAUAAUGAUAUUAGGUGGAAUUCAAUUAUUUCUAUCUUUAAUAUGUAUAAUUAAGUUAUUCUAUUUUGUUUAGCUUUGGGUACUAAGAAAGCAAUGUUUAGAAUCAAAGUUUAUAACUUUUUCUUAGGAUUAAUACUAUUGGGAUAAAUCACAAUUACAAUAUUAGCAUUUGUUUUAGAAGAUGCAUUUAUUGAUAAGGGUAUAGAUUGAUCUAAGAGUAUAGCAAUUGAAAAACUUGAUGAACCAUAGGAGACAGCUGAUGCUUUAAAGGAAUAAUUAAAAGAUUAAUAUACAAGGUCCAUUUUAAUUACACUAACAAGUUUAGGAAUAUAAAUCAUGUGUUUUUUAUUUAGUGUUUGGUAUAGGGAUUCACUUGAAAAUGCAAAUGAUAAUAGCAAACUUUUAUAUGAUGAAAAAGAAAAGUAUAAUGAAUAUAGAUUUAUAUAGAAAAUAUAUGAGUUUUGAAGAAUAUUCUUAAAAAUAGUAAGCAUAAGUUAAAGAGAAAUCAAACAAUAAUAGAAAUGAAGUAUAUUCAAGAAAUCCUGAAUUUUAUGAAUGGAAACAAUAAUAACAAGGCAAGAAAUGA